GUCUGUGUACUGUUGACCUAUAGGAUACUGCUCUUUACUGAGGACUUUAGUUUGACGUCCCUGUUUGUACAGCUGCUGAAUCAGCUUGUAUGGUAAGUGACGCUGCCCUGGGCUUGGAGUGCUUCCACCUACUGGCCAGAGGCAGCACCUGCUGCCAGCCCAGUCUCUCCAGACCAGACAGAGCUGGCUGACAGCCCCAUUCAGUGAACACAGAUGAUGCUUCCUAUACAGCAGCACCAUCUGCUCCCUCCUCACCAGUCAGUCCUCAAGUCUCUGCAGGAUGAAAUCAUGUCAUCUCCUGCAUUAACUCAAUCAGGCAUGAUGGAAAAUGAAUGGUGGAAGUUGAUAUCACAUGUGAAUGUUAUUCAAUCUUUCAUUUUUUUGAGGUAGUGCAAUAUUGAUCCCCUCCAAACCUUACCUUUGCAAGUCACAAGGUGGCGCUUCACGUUAUACUAUCGUCAUCCGACUCGAGCUGUGUCCGUGUUGCUGAAAUCACACUGUAUUCUGCAAAUACACAGCCGACGUUCAACAUGUAUUCUCCACGUGGUGAUGUUUCGUUGUGGCCACGUAAAUAAAUAGGCUGCGCCGUGUAAUUUCAUUUUCAAAUAGCCUUAAGUAGGCUAAGGGUUUUUAUCUGCUACUGAUUUAUCAUUAUCAACCGAAGAAAUGUCGUUCAAACCGAAGAAAUCCUCCUAACAAUAAGGGUCUUUGGAACGAACCAAAUUGGAUCGAAAAGCCGAAAAGGAAGAGGAAGACAUUGUCUCAAUGGCGGACUCCACCAUCACAAUAGAUCACAUUGAAGGGGAGCUUUUCAGAAUCGAGCGGAUACGUGAUGCUCUAGUACGGAGGGAAUCAGAACUAAGAUACAUGAUGGACGACAUUCAGCUUUGUAAGGAAAUCACACGGCUGAAAAAAGAACUUCAGAAGCUUGUGUCUGUUUCAGACACAGACAAAUCCGACGAGGACCGGCAGAGGGAGGAGGAGGAGCUGCUACAGCAGAUCCACAAGCUGGUGGAGACCAGGGACUUCCUGGUGGAUGACGUGGAGUUUGAGAGUCUCAGGGAGAGAAAGGAGGACAAAGAAGGAUGAUUUCUUGCAGUCUAAAUUCCCCAAGACCUCGAAAGAAAAAAAAGAUGUCACAGAGGACCGAAGGAUGACCUCCAAAGCCCAGCAGACUUCGUCCGCUCCCUUCGUCACCAAAACCGGUCUCACCCUUCUGAAGGAGUGCUGCGGCUUCACAUGCUCUGUCAUGUAGACUCCCUGCCCUGUGGAGAGACAGAGACACUUUGUUGGUUUCUGGAUGGGGUUAUUUGUGUUGAGUGGGCAGACAGAGCUCUCAUACUUCGACUAUAACCCUAAACAUAUGUACAGUGAUGGUUGGGACUGUGUUCCCAUCAAUGAAUCUAUUGGUGGGUCAUUGCACCAAUUUAGUGCAUUUUGAGAAGUGUAACUUGGUAAAAAAAAAAACAUUGAUUUCAACAAAUUUUUGCAUUCUGUCAUAAAGAGCACAUGUACAACUUCAUGAAACGAGAGUUCAGUUCAUGUAACAGGGUUGACCUUAAAAUGAGGUACAGAUGUAAAUUAAUCACUAAUAAAAAACAAUAUUCAGAAA